AUGACAUAUUCGUACAGCUCGAAACACCCGUCACAACCGCCAUCCGAGUCUCUCCCAUCACAACUGGAUAUAGACGUCCAUGCAGUCCACCUUCCACUCUCUCCUGCCCAACAACGUCCUCAGCCACUCCACCCCGAGGCCGGUCCACUCGGUGCCCUUGGCAGAGACGGCGUCGGCAGCCGCGCCGGCGAGCGCCCUGGCCGUCGAGUUUGCCAUUUGCACCACGGUGGCGUUGAAGGACGGGUCGGCGGUGCUCGGCCGCGGGAGGAACCAGUUGCUCUGGAAGUCGAAGAAGCACCGGUCGGACCAGUUGCACGACGUGAGGAACAGGAUGAGCAGGAGGAUGGAGCAGUACACGCAGGGCCGGUUGAGGAAGUAGGUGCACACGAAGAAGAGGAAGAUGAAGGCCGGCGAGGCGUUGGUAGGGAUGAAGAGGAGGGGGAGCCAGCUGCGACGGGGGCGUUAGCAGGAGAGUGCAAGUGGCGGGGAGGAGAAUUUCUUUGUUACCUUCUGAGGCAGAACAUUGUGGUUUACGAGGCGGGAGGCAUGUGA